AGAAUUUGGUUGCUAUCAUUGAGAUUGAAAAUCCACAUGCGCUUGUGGAUAUCCUAAGUCCCUCCUCCUGUUCUCCAUCUUUAUCCUCUUCUUCUUUAAAACCCCAAAAUAGAACCCAUCACCACUCCCACUAAAUUUAUCCAAAACCACCUCUCUUCUACACUAAAAUUCAAAGAUUUAAUAACGGAAGGGAUGACCGGAGCAAACGGAUUGGGACUGGGUUUAGGGCAAGCUCAACACAGGCCCUUUUGCUGCAUAGAUUUCUCAGCUGCCAUCAAGAAAUCCAGCUUUGUUUUUGACACCAAGAAGCCUUCUUUUUCACUCGCUAAUAAUUUUAAUCAUAAGACCCGUAAUCAUAAUUUGCAUUGCUGCCGUUGUGUUAACAGUAAUUCUUCUAGUAAUACCACCUCUAAUCUCGCUGCCACGUCCUCUUCUUCGUUGGGAUGGGAUUGGAAUAGAUGGACCCGCCAUUUUUCUGAGAUUGAACAAGCUGAGUCUUUCUCCUCUGUUCUUAAGUUCCAACUUGAAGAAGCAAUUGAAAAGGAAGACUUCCAAGAAGCUGCAAAGUUGAAAUCGGCUAUUUUAGAAGCUACUUCUAAGGAUAGUGUUGCUGAAAUAAUGUCUGAGUUGCAGAAUGCGAUAGAUGAGGAGCGAUACCAUGAUGCUUCGAGGUUGUGUAAAUACACUGGAAGUGGAUUGGUAGGUUGGUGGGUGGGCUACUCAACAGACUCUGACGAUCCCUUUGGUAGACUGGUACGAAUAACACCUGGAGUUGGCAGAUUCACUGGAAGGAGUUUCAGUCCAAGGCAGUUGGCUACUGCAUCUCCAGGAACUCCAGUGUUUGAAAUUUUUGUGGUUAAAGAUGCCGAUGAAAGUUAUGUUAUGCAGGUUGUAUGUCUGCAACGAGCUAAAGGCACUACAACACUCUCUGCAAAUUCACCUUCUAAAUCUAGUAAAAACCCAUCAACUUCUGAACUAGAGAAGCCAUCUGCAGUAAAUGCUCCGGAAAAUGAAGUCAAGAUAGAGAAAAGUGAGGAGAAAGGCAUAAAUAUUGAGGGAGCAACUGAGGAAGGUAUAAAAAAUGUGAUAAAUUUUCUGAAAGAUAAGAUCCCGGGCUUGAAAGUUAAAGUCAUGAAUGUGAAUGCUUCUGAGGAAGUCGUAGAGGAUAAUGAUACUUCAAACCAGCUCACUCGAGAUGAUGAGAAGAUAGCAUCUAGUGAUAAUCCUGAUCCUGAAGAUGAAUUGGGUGAGUUGGAAGAGAUUCAGCCUGAUGGGGUUUCCCUUGAAGGCGGUACUGAUCCUACAGAAGAUGGAAAAGAUUUGGAUAUGAAACUUUAUAUUGGUGGAGUUGUUCACAAUGAUGAAGAUAUGCCUAAUAAGGAUGAAUAUGUUCGUCUUCCAGCAGAAAUAACUAACGUAGAGAGAGAUUCAUUUGCACUAGAAGUUUCUGAGAAAAGUCUAGAGUACGACCGCAAUGAACGUAAAGCAUCAAAGAUAAAAGUGGCAGCUAUAGCAGCUAAGGGUGUCUCUGAGCUGAUGCCUUCAGAUAUUGCAAGGGCAUUUUGGAGUGGGGGUGAUAAGGUUUCUUCAAAGGUUUCUAGGGAUGUUCGUGAGAUCGUCAAACUUGCUGUUAAUCAAGCUCAGAAACAAACUCGUUUAGCAAAGUUUACAAAUUUCAGUAGAAUCACCACUUCCAGUAACAAUUUUGAUCCGUUUGACGGCCUAUAUGUCGGUGCUUUUGGGCCUUAUGGAACAGAGGUAGUGCAAUUGAGGCGUAAAUUUGGUCACUGGAACGAUUCUGAUGAUAAGUCCUCUGAAAUGGAUUUCUUUGAGUAUGUUGAGGCAGUAAAAUUAACCGGGGAUCUUAAUGUUCCUGCUGGCCAGGUGACUUUUCGUGCCAAAAUUGGGAAAGCUAGUCGUAAUCCUAACCGCGGGUUGUAUCCAGAUGAACUGGGAGUGGUUGCAAGUUACAAAGGUCAAGGCAGAAUAGCAGAAUUCGGGUUUCGUAAUCCACAGUGGGUUGAUGGUGAACUCCUCCAAUUAAGUGGGAGGGGCAUCGGACCAUACGUCAAAGGUGCAGAUCUCGGAUUCCUGUACGUCAUCCCCGAGCAAAGUUUCUUGGUACUAUUUAACCGGUUGAAACUACCAGAAUAAGAAAAUUGUGUCUCCAGUCUGAUACGGCAAGAGGUGAGGCAUCUAAUAGUGAGGAGAGUAGUCUGUGUAUAUCAUGUUUGAGAAAUGCAUGCAGAUCUCUGUAAGCGCUUGUACUUUAUUUAAUUUUAUUAUUUUAUGGGAGGCAUUUUUUCUUCUAUGCCUUUCAUAUAUAUAACCUCUGUAUGUAAAUCAUAUUUACAGAUUUAGUUAAAUAUAAGGUUACUAUAAUAAAACAUCAUCUAGUGCAUUUGUGGGUGUUUUAGCUAA